AAAAUAUAUUUCCGUUUUUUUAUAAGUAUUUAGUUAAUUACUAUCUACAUUCGAUCUCGUAUAGUCUCAUCACACUUCGACGUAAAUGUAUUUAAAUGGUGAUUGUUUCAAUGUUUAUCCAAUUGAAUGAUUGAUACAGUUAUGAUAAAGAGAUAAUAAGAUUAAUAUAUAAUAUUGUCUUUAUUCACAAUAAACAUCUAUAAUAAAAAAUAUUAUCUCGUAGUAAUAUAGAGAAAUGGUAUUUCUUACACAUAUUUUAGGUUAUGCUAUAAAGGUACCUAGAAAACAUUUACGCGAAGGAUUCAUAGAUUCUUUACGUCUUACUGUAAGAGGAGGUGCUGGAGGAUCUGGUCUUCCUAGGUAUGGUGGAAAAGGUGGCUCAGGUGGGAAUGUUUAUGUCGUGACAAAAGAAGAAUUGACGUUAAGGAAUGUUAAAAAGAAGUGGAAAAAAAUAAAUAUACAUGCUGAAACAGGUACUAACAGUUCUAUGAAAGGAAUUUUAGGAAAAUCUGGUAAUGAUAUAAAUAUUGAAAUUCCUUGCGGUGUAACUAUCCUUAAUGAUAAUGGUUUAAAGUUAGGAGAAUUGAAUGAAGCUAAUUUAAAGUUAUUAGUGGCAAAGGGUGGUCUAGGUGGUUGUCCAGAAACAGGAUUUUGUGGUCAGAAAGGGCAAAGUAGGACAAUAAUACUUGAUUUAAAACUGAUUGCUGAUGUGGGUUUAGUUGGAUUUCCUAAUGCUGGAAAAAUUACUACUUUAAAGCCACAAUUAGGUACUAUGGUUUACGAAGAUCAUAGACAAAUAACAGUUGCAGAUUUACCAGGUUUAAUCGAAGGUGCACAUGCUAAUAUUGGAAUGGGUCAUAAAUUUUUAAAGCAUGUAGAAAGAACAAAGUUACUUCUAUUUAUUGUAGAUAUUCAAGGUUUCCAAUUAUCCGUACAUAGUCCUUAUAGAACCUUUUUAGAAACAAUUAUUUUACUAAACAAAGAAAUUGAACUGUACAAACCAGAUUUGUUAGAUACAUCUUCUAUGCUUAUAAUAAAUAAGAUGGAUACAGAUAAUGCUGAUAAAAUUUAUGAUGAUAUAAAAGACAAGUUGGAAGAUUUAGCAAAUGUUGUUUCAGAAUAUCCGGAAGAAAUAAGACCUAAUCAUGUUAUAGAAUUUGAUGAUAUUGUUACAGCAUCAUUGGCUUUAAAAAAGAAAAAUGAAAUUGAAAUGAUUAAAGAGAAAAUACGAAGUAUACUUGAUAUUAAUCAAGAAAAAGAUUUAAUAUUAAACAAAGAAAUUGUAUCUAAUUCUGAGUUACAUGAAAAACUAAAACAGCAAGUAAAGCAAUAUGGCCCUACACUUGUAUAAAUUUAUAUAAAAAAUUUUCUAGAUUAAAAAAACAAUUUUAUAUAUGAAUAAAAUAAUUAUUAUAUAUUAAA